AUGCGUCAGCACAUUGUCACCUCGGCGACACAACUAAUAUCGCGAUACCUCCCACAAGCACCACACACAUUUCUCGUUUCAUAUUUCACAUCUUCUACAUUAUCCACCACCACUACUAUCGAAUCAUUAGCAAAAGUUACUACCUUUCUUCGUCGCAUUCCAUUAUCACUCACUUUGCGCAAGAAACAAAUUUUACUUCGAAACCAAUUUUAUAUUGAACUAAAAAAGAAACAACAAAUGGCACAAAAACGCGCUAAUAAGAAGGCUGCGUUGCUUGAAGACGCUGAACGUGAAAUGUUACGUUUUGUUCAGACUCCUUUGGAGUUUCGAAUGGUUAGUAUACCGAGAAAAUUUCUUGUUAAUAAAGCAGUUGAAUUAGGAGAAACGAAAGCAAAGACCUUUGAAAUUAGCACCGUGUCAACUGUUUGUGAAAAUAAGAAACCUGUUUGCGUGCUUGUACAUGGCUGGGGAGCUGGCAAAGGAAUUUUUGUACAAUCUUUUGAUGAUUUAGCUCAGAAAUAUCAAGUUCACGCUAUAGAUUUAUUGGGAUGGGGACGAAGUUCAAGACCAAGAUAUUGUGGUGGUGAUGAUCCUAAAAAAGCUCAAGAAUGGUGGGUUGAGAGCUUGGAAGCUUGGAGGAUGGCAAUGGGAAUUGAAAAAUUCACACUAGUGGGACAUUCAAUGGGUGGAUUUAUAUCUGCAUCCUACGCAUUAAAAUACCGUCAACAUCUCGAUAAACUUGUGUUAAUUUCACCAAUAGGUUUACAAGGAUUCACCGUACCAAACAACUUACACAUUUCAUUUGCUCAACAACUCUUAAUAUCUUCCGCGUGGAGUUUAACACCGCAACGCAUAAUUAGCAUGUUGCCGCGCGAACGCAUGAUCUCUUUCAUGUCAAAUGCUAGAUCUGAUUUACUUGGGGCAUUCCCAUAUGAAGACAAAACAGCCAUCCAUUAUUUCUACAAUUUAGCGGUGCAAACGCCAAUCUCGGGGGAAGCGGUAUUCAAACGACUGCUUGCCCCAUUAAAAGGAUGGCAUUUACCGUUGAAAGAUAAGCUACAUUUGUUGGGUGAGUUACCGGUGCAAGUUGUGUAUGGUGAAAAUGAUUGGAUGGAUCCGACAUUUAGUCUUUUUGAAGUUAAGGGGAAGAAUUUGUUGCCGAAUGUUAAGGAACGAUAUAUGGAAAUUAAUGAAGUGAUUGCUAAUGGUGAAAAAUCAUAUCCAGAGUGCUGGGUCAAAGAAUUUGAUCCUGCCCUCGAUAUAACAUCUCCAGCAUUAAAACGGCGGACUAUAAGCAUAGCAUAA